ACAUCACCAAUCUACUUCUGGCGGGAAACCGGGCAAGAAGGCUACCUCUCCCAAUGGUGGACCUCCAACCCCUUCACCCAAUCUCCCUCUUCACCCUCAUCCUCCUCCACACCCAUAACAUUCAAGUCAGCAGAACACUACAUGAUGCACGCGAAAGCUCUCCUCUUCACCGACCUCGCCGUCGCCCUAUCCAUCCUCAAAGCAGACCACCCGCGUAAAGUCAAAGCCCUCGGCCGUAAAGUGCACAAUUUCAACGAAGCGCUGUGGAACGAGAACAGAGAGCGCAUCGUUCGCGAGGGCAAUCUCCUGAAAUUCCGUUCUGCGCCAGAGUUACGGAAGAAGUUGUUGGCGACGGGGGAUAGGGAGCUUGUGGAGGCGAGCCCGAUGGAUCGGAUCUGGGGGAUCGGGUUCGCGCCGGAUAAGGCAGCCAGUGCGGAUCGGGGUAGGUGGGGGUUGAAUUUGCUGGGUAAGAUUUUGAUGGAGGUUAGGACGGUGUUGAGGGAGGAAGAAGAGGUUGAGGAGGAG